CUGAAACUGCAGCAGAUCUAAUGAAACGCACAUGGGUUCCUCGUAAAUUUCUGCAUUCUUUUUUUUUAAAUUUAUUUCUUUUUAGAGAUCUCACAGAUUAAUCCACGGUUCUCAAGCCAAAUCACGUGACUGUUCACAACAGUGGAUUGACGGCCCUUUCUACAGUUUCUCGCACCGCACCGUAACUUGUCCUUCCCUCCACCGAUGUCAUUGUUUGAAACGAAAUGUUGAAUUACAGUUGAAGAUCAAAUGGACGUGGAGAAAUCGUCCCUGUGCAAUUGCGUGGUGAAUUUUCUGUUGGAAGAGAACUACUUGUUAACGGCAUUCGAGCUUCUUCACGAGCUUCUAGAUGAUGGCCGUGACGAUCAAGCAAUUCGUCUCAAACAGUUUUUCUCCGAUCCUUCGCAAUUCCCUCCCGAUCAGAUCUCCCGCUUCAAUUCCCUCAGAGUUGCAGAUCCCCAAAGUUUGCUUGAAGAAAAAGAAGCCCUGGAAGAAAAGUUGGCGCUCUGUGAAUAUGAGUUCCGUUUGGCUAAAGAGGACAUUGUGCAACUUAAGACCGAGUUGCAAAAGAAAAGUCAGACUUUUCCUCGUCAAACAAGUGAUUCAAAGAUAGAUGCUUCGGAAAACCAUGGAACUGAUUUUCAGCAGCAGAAGAGGGAAGGUUCUUUCUCUGAUUUGGGUCCUUUGAAGGAUAAUGAGCGGAGGGAUUUGAACUGUGCUGUAAAGGAGUAUUUACUAUUAGCAGGAUAUCGCUUGACUGCAAUGACAUUUUUGGAGGAGGUUACUGAUCAAGAUCUAGAUGUUCAGCAGAACUCCUCCGCAGGCGUUCCAGAUGCUUUGCGCCAUUACUAUUACCAGUACCUUUCUUCCACCUCAGAGGCUGCUGAGGAAAAAAUUGCUAUGCUUAGAGAAAAUGAGUAUUUGGUGAAAGAAAAAGACAAGCUGAAACAUGAAAAGCAGUCCUUGCUUAGGAGUAAAGAUAUGGCAGAGGCCCAAGUCACAGUAGUGACAAAAUCUUUGGAGGCAUUGCAGAAGGAAAUGAAGGACAAGGAGAUUCUGGUUCAAACCUUGAAGCAAUCUCUAGAUAGGCAAAGACAAGAAUUGAAUGAAUGCAGAGCUGAAAUAACUUCAUUAAAAAUGCAUAUAGAGGGUGCUCGUUCUGCGCGUAAUUUUGUAACAAGCGAUUCUGAAGAUGUUGCGAACCUGCCAUCAAUAGAUAGUUAUAAGGAAGAGAUGAAGUUCCUACAGAAUGAGAUCCAGAGGUUGAAAUUGGCAAAUGAUUCCUUGAACAGUGAGUCUCUUGAAGAUAACAAUGAAGAAACUAGAAAUACAGGUCCUGAAAAUGAAGUUGGAGAAUCAAGUGAGCAUAAUGUCUUUGACGAUUCAGCUGGCAUCUCUUCUGGGGAUUUAGGAAAUGCCAAUUCUCAGUUAUUGAUGGCUCAAACCUCUGCUGACACAAUUACCAAACCUGAGGAAGUAGUGGAAGCUUCAAAUGAUAACGGCAUUGUUGAGAAAGUCGAGAAUGUACUCGCACACAAUGGUGAGCUACCUUCAGAGGCUAAAGGACUAAUCUUGAAACCAGACAAUUUAUUUGUCGAAUCAAAUGCUGAAAAGAUCGGUUUGGGGACUAUUCAGAUCCUUUCAGAUGCAUUGCCAAAAAUUGUACCUUAUGUUUUGAUCAACCACAGAGAGGAGCUUCUUCCUCUUAUAAUGUGUGCAAUUGAGCGCCACCCAGAUAGCAGUACGCGGGACUCCUUGACUCAUACAUUAUUCAACUUAAUCAAACGUCCUGAUGAAGAACAGAGACGGAUUAUAAUGGAUGCUUGUGUCACCCUUGCCAGAAAUGUUGGAGAGAUGAGAACGGAAACUGAACUUCUUCCUCAGUGUUGGGAACAGAUCAAUCACAUGUAUGAGGAGCGCCGCUUGCUAGUUGCUCAAUCAUGUGGAGAGCUUGCUGAAUUCGUGCGCCCUGAGAUUCGAGAUUCUCUUAUCUUGUCUAUUGUGCAACAGCUGAUCGAGGAUCCUGCAACUGUUGUUCGGGAGGCUGCUGCUCAUAACUUGGCAUUGCUUCUGCCUCUCUUCCCAAAUACGGACAAAUAUUUCAAGGUUGAGGAGAUGAUGUUUCAAUUGGCGUGUGAUCCAUCUGGAGUGGUUGUGGAUACAACAAUCAAGGAAGUUGUUCCAGCUUUAGUAAACUGGGGAAAGGAGUUGGAUCAUUUGCUACAAGUUUUAUUAUCUCAUGCAUUGGGCUCUGGUCAGCGUUGUCAACCUCUUUCAGGGGUUAAAGGUUCUGUUGAGUCACAUCUUCGUGCUUUAGGAGAGAGAGAGCGGUGGAACAUAGACGUUUUGUUGCGCUUACUAAUAGAGUUGCUUCCAUUUGUGCUCAAGAAAGCUAUUGAGACCUGUCCAUUCCCUUUGAUUUCAGAUGACAAAGGACUAGUUUUUUCUACUUCACUACUUGAACAGUAUGCAGGAGGAAAGAUGGAUUGGCCUUCUUUUGAGUGGUUGCAUAUUGAUUGCUUUUCAGCAUUGAUUGAACUGGCCUCUCUAUUGCCUCAGAAGGAAGAUAAUUUAAGGAAUCGAAUCACACAGUUUUUAUUGGCCGUUUCAGUCCUGCUUGGGGAACCUUACCUGACACACAUCAUGCUACCUAUAUUCUUGGUAGCAGUUGGUGACAAUGGUGAUUUAUCAUACUUCCCUGCAACACGCCAAUCAAGAAUAAGAGGUUUAAAACCAAAAACUGCUGUAGCUGAAAGACUUGCUGCCAUCUGCGUCCUGCCUCUUCUGCUUGCAGGUGUUUUAGGAUCCCCUAGAAAGCAUGAACUAUUGACAGAGUACUUGAGAAAUCUCUUGAUUCAAACUUCAGAGCGAGAGAGUCAGCCAGUGAAGCGCGAGAUUUUCAAUUCUGUUCGCUUCCUUUGCACCAUUGAUGAACAUCACAAUAUGAUUUUUAACAUCCUCUGGGAAAUGGUUGUGAGCUCUGACAUAAACAUGAAGACAACCGCUGCCAAUCUUUUUAAAGUCAUUGUUCCAUGUAUUGAUGCCAAGGUCGCCUCAACUCAUGUUUUGCCUGCUCUAGUAACUCUUGGUUCUGACCAAAACUUGAAUGUGAAAUACGCCAGCAUUGAUGCUUUUGGAGCUGUAGCACAGCAGUUUAAAAAUGAUGCGAUUGUUGACAAAAUACGUGUUCAAAUGGAUGCUUUUCUUGAGGAUGGAUCACAUGAAGCUACAAUAGCUGUAGUUCGUGCAUUGGUGAUGGCAGUGCCACAUACGACGGAGAGAUUAAGAGAUUAUCUGUUGUCCAAGAUUUUCCUACUUACAGCAACACCUCCUCCUUCAAGUGACGUGAGACGUCGCCGUGAGAGAGCGGACGCGUUUUGUGAAUCAAUUCGUGCUCUUGAUGCUACUGAUCUUUCUGCUUCUAGUGUCAGAGAUUUCCUUCUACCGGCAAUUCAAAAUCUGUUAAAAGAUGCUGAUUCCCUUGAUCCAGCACACAAAGAAGCUCUGGAGAUUAUAAUGAGGGAAAGAUCUGGUGGCACGUUUGAUACGAUUAGUAAGGUAAUGGGUGCUCAUCUGGGAAUUGCAUCAUCAGUAAGCAGCUUCUUUGGUGAAGGUGGUUUAUUAGGGAAAAGGGAAACUGGAGAUGCGUCUCCACCAUCAGUGGAAGUUGUUGAACCUCUGAAGCCCAUUGCACCAACUGCAGCAGUGGUAGAAGACACACGAUUUAGGCGGAUCAUGAGAGGUGGUUUUUCGGACAUGCUCAGGGGAAAAGCAAAGGGCACCGAGGAUACUCCCCCAAGUCAAUGAUUAUGGCUCUUUCCUUUUGCAGGGAAGUAAAAAUGGAAAGAAGUUUUUUGUAUGUUGUGCAGUAGACUACAUUGUCCAUUUUUUGAUUUUUCACUUAAGCUUUCCCAUUAUCUGGAUGAGAUUUUGCAAUUUAUUUCAUUCUUUAUAUCCAAGAAAUGUAAUGAAUUUGCCAACAGUAGAAGAAAACGUUUACAUAUCCUUAGCUUUACAAAUGAUAUAGGAGAUUUACUGGUCUA